AUGGACUCAAACAAAGUGCCUGCAUCCACCUCAGCAACGCUUCCAGCUGCAGUGAGUACAGUCGGAAGCGCAGCCUCAGUAGCAGCUUCUCAACUUUUCGAUCCAGUUGCAUUCCAAACUGCAUGCUUUGCUGCUCAGUUACAAAGCCAGCUGCAGCACCAGCAAAACAAUCAGCUAGCUGCUCCUGCCGGACCUGCCUCGUCCGCUACGUCGACCGUUACGCCAUCAUGCCUUCCAGCAGUUCUGGACAGUGAACGGAUCUAUUCACUCCUUCCUCCACAAGUGCAAUCCUGUCUACAACAACAGCAGCAGCAACAGCAGCAGCGCAGUUUCCUGUUACAGCAACAGCAAAACGGGGCGUCAUCAGUGACGCAUCACUUCUCGGCAUUUUCGCCGAUCAGCACCAUGGAUUUACCAUCGGCUUCGCUGGGAUCAAGUACUCACUCACCACCAUCUUCACAUCACUCUCUGGAUCUAUUACUUAUACAAAUGCAGAUGGCCGCCGCUGCUGCCGGCUUUCUGCCAGCCGCUUUCAAUGUACUCUCACCAGCGGCUGCGGCCGCUGCAGCUUUGGGAUUGUUGGCACCACAGUUCCGCCUGCCGCAGCUUAGCGAUCCUAAUUUUUCUCCAUAUGCAGCUGCAGCCGCCGCUCAUCUUGGUCUCAGUGCCGCUAUUUCGACAACGGCUGAUGAUGCGACCACAAGUAACAACGAGACGUCACCGUCCAUCGAAAGAACUCUGCUCCAAGCACAGAUGAAUUUACUGACAGCUGGCGGAAGCGGCGGCGCGGGACACGCAGUCGGCAGCAGCGCGCUGUCAACAACAACACUGAACGGAGAAUCGUCGUCCAGGCCCAAUUCAUCCUUAAAUUACAACUCUUCCCCGAGCUGCAGUAAGCAGCAGCAGCAACAGCAACAGCAACGCAGUCAGAUGAAAAGGCCGUACAAUGAGAUGUCGAUUCUGCGAUCUCUGUGCAACGAGAACUGCAGCAGUGCUGAGGAACCAACUGUAUCCAGGAAACGAAGCCGCGCUGCAGCCGACGAAAGUGAACAGCAGCGUGUCCGUCAGAAGUCUACAAAAGCGCAUCUUAACUCAGGAAAAUCACUCCACGAACAGCGCUUGGUCCCAGCAACAGCCACUAACAAGCAGAUGCCAGCUAUGGAACAGUUAACUGAAAAUUCGAAAACUGCUGCCGAUCAAAAACUCAGGGAGAGUUUCUUCGAUGAGAAUUCGCCGAACCGCCAUCAUCCACUCAACCACCGGCCGCCGGCCAUGGAGGCUCGAUUUCUGGAGUGUAUGGCUGCUAUUGCGUUGCAUUCAAACAUUCCGUUGCCCAUUGAUGAUGAAAGUACGACAAAGACGAGACUUAGUGAAAGCACGAAUGCCGCCGUAGAACCGGAAGAAAAUGGUGGUGGCGACAGAGAAAAAAGGGCAAAGGAAUAUGCUGUGAUGAAUGUAGUAUCUGAAGAAUUAAAAAUUUCGCAAAAUAGCGAAGUGAGAAGUUCAUCACUCUGUCAACCGAAAUCAAGCAGUGGUAGCGCUACCAAGGAAUCAGCAACUAAUACGAAUGGAAAUGAAAGAUGCUACGAUAAAAAAUGGCCCGUUUCGGCGAUCGACGAUGAACUGUGUCAGCAGCUUGAAAACUACAAGGAUUCUAAUGUGCCCGUGAUUCACGCGUUCGUGCUACCGUCAAAACUGCCAAUCCCCGGUUCACCGAUAGUUUCCGAUGACAAAAACGCCGAUGAGACGUCGUGUUUGGUGGCACCUUCGUCGGUGGCAGUCCCGAUCCCGGUCCUCAACAUUCUUCUUGAUCGCAUUUUACUGACCAUGCUUGAUUCAUAG